AUUAACGUUUCACCUAUACCUCAUUCUCUCUGUGCCUCCUCUCUCUCUCUCCGCCGUCGUCUCCGGCGAAACCACGCCAUUAAUCAACAACAUUAACCUCACAUUGUUUCCUUUGAUUGUUUCUCAUGGCGGAUAUCGUGAAACAAAUCUUAGUGAGACCGAUCCAACUAGCGGAUCAGAUAACCAAAGCGGCCGACGAAGCCUACUCGUUCCGACAAGAAUGCCUCGAGGUCAAAGCCAAAACCGAGAAGCUCGCCGGCCUCCUCCGCCAAGCCGCGCGCGCCAGCAACGACCUCUACGAGCGUCCCACGCGCCGCAUCAUCGACGACACGGAGCAGGUCCUCUUCAAAGCCAUAGCCCUCGUCGAGAAAUGCCGCGCCGCGGGGCUGAUGAAGCGCCUCUUCACCAUCAUCCCCGCCGCCGCGUUCCGCAAGAUCACGAUGCAGCUGGAGAAUUCCCUCGGCGACGUCUCCUGGCUCCUCCGCGUCUCCGCCUCGGGAGACGACCGCGACGACGAGUAUCUAGGUCUACCUCCCAUUGCCGCCAACGAGCCGAUCCUCUGUUUGAUCUGGGAGCAGGUCGCGAAUCUCUUCACCGGCUCCCUCGACGAGCGGUCCGACUCGGCGGCGUCCCUCGUGUCGUUGGCACGUGACAACGACCGUUACGGGAGGCUCAUUAUCGAAGAAGGCGGUGUGCCUCCGUUGUUAAAACUCGCUAAAGAAGGGAAGCUUGAGGGGCAAGAAAACGCGGCUCGGGCCAUUGGGCUAUUGGGCCGUGACCCAGAGAGCGUUGAGCAGAUCGUUAACGCGGGCGUGUGUCAAGUCUUCGCGAAGAUUCUCAAAGAAGGUCAUAUGAAAGUUCAGACCGUUGUGGCAUGGGCUGUGUCGGAGUUAGCGUCGAAUCAUCCCAAAUGCCAAGACCAUUUCGCGCAGAACAACAUCAUUCGUUUCUUAGUGAGCCAUCUAGCUUUCGAGACGGUUCAGGAGCAUAGCAAAUACGCUAUCGUGAGCAACAAGGCAACUUUGUCUUCGAUCCACACGGUCGUGAUGGCUAGCAACACGAAUCCGGGAGAUAAGAAGGCGAGCAACGAGCAGGACGAGGCGCAAAGCAAUAUCUCGCAUCCUAUGAGUAACCAAACACCGAGCCAGAUGCAUAACAUUAUCACAAACACAUUAGCAAUGAAAGGCUCGGGCCCAGACUCAGGCCCAAGCUCAGGCCCAGGCUCAGGUUCUAACAAGAAUCAAACAAAACAGAGCAGUCAGCAUCAUACAAAAGGUGGACCAACACCCAGAGGGAACAAUCCAACACAUGUUUCUUUGAUGGGGACAAGCAUUAAAGGAAGAGAGUUCGAGGAUCCAGCCACUAAAGCUCAGAUGAAGGCAAUGGCUGCAAGAGCCUUAUGGCAACUCUCGAGAGGGAACCUCCAAAUAUGCAGAAGCAUAACAGAGUCAAGAGCAUUGCUCUGUUUCGCCGUUCUGUUAGAGAAAGGAGACGACGAAGUCAAGUCGUAUUCCGCGUUAGCAAUGAUGGAGAUCACCGACGUUGCCGAACAGUACUCGGAGCUUAGACGCUCAGCCUUCAAACCGACCUCUCCCGCCGCAAAAGCCGUGGUCGAACAGCUGCUGAAAGUGAUCGAAAACGAGAUACCGGACCUUUUGAUCCCAUGUAUCAAGUCAAUAGGUAGUCUUUCGAGAACGUUCCGCGCGACGGAGACAAGAAUCAUCGCGCCGCUUGUGAAGCUUCUCGAUGAAAGAGAAGCUGAGGUUUCGAUGGAAGCUGCGGUUGCGCUUAUCAAGUUCUCGUGUACUGAGAAUUUCUUGCGUGAUAACCACUCUAAAGCGAUCAUAGCGGCAGGUGGUGCAAAGCAUUUGAUUCAGUUGGUUUACUUUGGAGAACAAAUGGUUCAAGUACCUGCUUUGGUACUACUAUGUUACAUUGCACUGAGUGUACCGGAUAGUGAGACUCUAGCGCAAGAAGAGGUUCUUGUAGUACUUGAGUGGUCGACGAAGCAAUCUCAUUUGGUGGAAGCGCCGAUGAUUGAUGAGAUAUUACCAGAAGCUAAGAGUAGAUUGGAGCUUUAUCAAUCUAGAGGUUCAAGAGGGUUUCAUUGAUUUAUGACUAAGCUUCACUCUCUAGUAUGAACAAUCUCUUCUUUUUUCUCCCAGGCGAGUUUUGUUUCAUCUUUGAUGUGAUCUAUCUCCAAGCUCUCUGUAUAGGUACAUUGGUGAUGCUCGUAGACAUUUGUGAUAAAUGUGUAGACUAUGUUGUAAGUCAAAACUAUUCUCCAUUGAUUUAGAUUAUCAACCAAAUAAUAUUCGAGCUAAGCUUGUUUUCCAUUCUUGUUUGA